AGAGUUCAGUUUGUUUCUGAAACUGAGUAAAACCAUAUCCUUACCAUCUUGUAAACCAUUUACCAGUAUAUAACCUUCAAACUAUAAAACUGUAUACAUGUGAAGAGUUGAAGCUGAAUAAUAGGAAAACAUGUGAAAAGUGAAAAUGUAAAAUAUGCUGUAGAAAAUAUCUAAAAAUUCCUGUAUUUGUGAAAUAAAGUGAUUAAAAAGAAUGUGGAAUAAAGCGAGGAUGUAAUGAAGACGACAGGAUGAACAAUGCUUUUUCUGUUUGUCUGGUUCAGCGGCAUUGUGCUCAUCUCCGCUCAAUUUACAAGGGAAACAAUUUACCAUUCAAUGAAUGACCGAGGAGUUUAUCUUCCCGAUGAUUACAACUCAGACCUACCUCCUGCACAGGGCGGACCAGUGCCAGUAGAUCUGAGGUUGCGAGUUCUCCAGAUUGCAGAGAUUAAUGACAACUCUCAAACUAUGACUGUAGAGAUGUCAGUGGGGCUAACUUGGACCGAACCAAGACUUUUAUUCAACAAUAUUUUUGACUGGGAGUCAAGAAAAUUAAUAAAGACAAGCGAUCAGCUGAUCCAACAUCUUUGGGCUCCAAACCUCCAUUUCCUUUCUACAGAAAGAAUGGAGAAGAUCUCCACCUUGAAGAAUACUGGAACUGUUACUAUAUUCCGUAACGGAACUGUUAUCUACGACAGUUCUAUUAGACUUACAGUCGGUACCUGUGUGAUGUCCUACCAGAAUUAUCCAAUGGAUUCUCAACUGUGUCGGGUUCUGUCCGUCUCUCAUUCGAAUUCUAUUCACGAGGUUGUACUCCGUGGUUCUAUCUCCUACAACACUGAGUUUCAGCGUCCUCUGCAGUACAAGCUGGAGCUGAGACAUCUACCUGAUAAUUAUACAUUUAUGGUUAUGGAGGAUGCAAUGUACUCGGUUCAAGGGUUUGAGGUUCGGUUGGACCGAAGAUUAGCUCCAAUGCUGACAAGAAUGUAUAUUCCAACCCAGCUUCUAGUCUUCACGUCCUGGCUGGCCUUCUUUGUCCCUCCUGAGGUUGUAUCAGGACGAAUGGUUCUCCUCGUCACUCUCUUCCUCAUGAUUAUAAAUAUAGGAAUCUCUGUUGAGAAAGAUAUUCCGAUCUGUUCUAACAUGACAGCUGCACAUAUCUGGCUCCUGGGCUGUCAUAUUCAGAUCCUUCUCAACCUUCUCCAGUUCUCCUUCCUGCUCUUUACUAUGGCGCAGGAGGAGAAGGUGAAGGAGGAAAGGGGGCGGGGUUUACCCCUCUCCCUACAGUCUUUACCUGGAAGUUCUACUGUAGAUUCAGUUUCCCUUCGUCAUCAGGCUGUUCAAGCUAAACGAAAAGAGUUAAAAGAAAUUAUCAUUAAGGUGGAUAGAAGAUCCUUGAUAGUGUUCCCUAUUGUCUGUCUUCUCUUUAAUACUGGAUAUUGGGUUCAUUUUUUGGUUUCAAAAUAAACAAAAAUAUUUAUU